AUGUAUUCUCUCCGCUGUCUAUCGCUAGCAAUUGCUGCAGGCCUGUGCCGGAGUACUAUUGCAGAGUUAUCGCAGUCACUUCGACCCCGCGAUCUUGACUGCUCUUGCGGAUUCCAAGAUGAUUUGAACGGCCAAGUCUUCACCGAAGCCAUCAUUGUUUAUUUCAACGAAACGACAGGUAUUCUUCAAGAUUUCGCCUCAGAAGUCUACACCAACAACUACGAGAAGAGCUGGAACUCAAUAUAUCGGCAAGGUGCGGAUGCUGGAAAUGUUCAGCUCAACAACACUUCAAACUCAUUAGAGUUAAAUAUCUCGCCACCAGAAUCCGAUCAUGUAGUGAUAGGUGGUGGGAUUGGUACUCUGCGUUCAGAUAUUCAAUAUGGAUCUUUUCGGUCCCUGCUUCGACCAGCGGGACCUUACAACGGUGGAUCAUCUCUGUCGAUGGUCCUCAUGUAUAAUGAUACUGAGGCGAUACAACUGAAUGUCAUGAACACAGAUACUCCAGCAACUGCUUGGACAUCGACCCUCAUAGGAGAGGAGUUCCCAGAUCGAACUUUGGGUGCCAAUUUCAACGUAUCUAGUCAGAAUUCGACAGCUUCUAUUCCGUAUUGGGAUUAUACGGAAUAUCGCAUUGAUUGGACUGGCAAGGACAUCAAAUGGUACAUUGGAAGCAAUCUCACUCGGACAGCCUCGAGCCACAACAUAAGUUUGCCGACGGUACCAUCUCCUCUAUUUCUGAAACACUGGUCGACUGGAAAUGCGUACGCAGAGCAAGGCCCACCACUGAAUGGGGCCGUCGCCAAUGUUGGCUAUGCUCGCUUGUUCUUCAAUUCGUCCCUCAUGAACGCUGAAGGUCACAAGGAGUACGACUCGCAAUGUCAAUCCGCUGCGAAAUGUUCGACGGAGGAUUGGACACUGAGAGGGUCAACGCCAUAUACUGCUGAAUCGACCCAGAAAUGGGAGCAAGUAUCUGCGAGGACGACAGUACAAUGGAUUGCUAUCUGGAUGGCGGUAGUUUGCAUUAUUUGCUCGACGCUUCUCCUGAUGCAUACACUAUUGCCACGGAUCUUAGCCAAGUUCAGGGCUAAGAAGCAGGAAGGGGAAGGAUCAACCACGAUGUCUUUCACUUCUGGUACAACGGCAUUCGUACGACCAGACACAAAUCAUUCCCUAAGUUUGAGCAUGACAGAUCGGAAGCUUGCUUUCUGGCAACAAGGUGGUUCAGCAAGGAGUGUGGUGUCUCUCAAGAGAAAAUCCGCAGACUCGAGUAUUCCCAGCACCCCGCGAGACAGUAGAGGAGGGACAUCCAGUGCCAGUCCAAUGCCUGGAACACCCGUCGACAGUAGAGCCACUACCAUGGUCAACCUUCCUCUGGACAGAAUCAUGAUUGAAGAAGGUGUCGGCUACCAUACCAGACUAGCGAGUAUCGAGUCUGUCAGAAGCACCGAUAGCAAGAAGGACAAAGGCAAAGGACGCAGACAUUCGGUCCUCUUGACCGAGGAGAAACCACCAAGUGUGAGUUCAGACAAGAAAGAGCCACUAACAGCCAAGCCUCGAGUCGAAUACUUGGCUGGGCUGACAGCAAUGUGCGCCAUCAUCGUGUCUGUGGAUCAUUUCUGCUCGACUUUCGCUCCUGCCGUCAUCUUCCCCGGCGCACCUCAUCACUAUAUCAGCGAGAAAUGGGCAAAUAAGAUCGUGACUCCCUAUCUUAUGAAUCAGAUUUGGAUCGGUGUUUUCUUCACCUGCUCGACUCGAUUUCUAGUCUCCAGAUAUUUGAAAGCCGGAGAGCUUGACUGGAUUGCACAAAAAGCCGUAACUCGUAACUUUCGAGUCAUGAUACCAAUCGUUGCAGUUGCCAUGCUGGAAUACUUCCUCAUGGAAUGUGGUGCUACGACAUGGCUCGAAUAUCUGCCGUCAAUCACUUGGUCUACUUGGCCUUAUACAACACCUUACAACACAUUUGGUGACUUUCUUUCCGAAGUCCUCGAGGUUGUCUACCUGGUUCCAAACGCUGCACCUCAAAUUAUUUUCAAUUAUUGUACAGGUGUGCUAUGGACAAUGCCAGUCCAGUUACAAGGCUCAUGGACCAUCCUUCUAGGAGUUGUCGUUAUCCGCGAAAUCAAAAACCCGGCCAAACGCUUUGGAUACUACGCCAUGGCUGUUAUCUUCAACUGGUAUGCUUCGUCAUGGGGUGCAUAUUUCUGGCUCGGACUUCUGCUGGCCGACCUCGACAUCGUAUUCAAAUACCGAAAGCACAUCUCUGCCAGACCGUGGCUAUUCUACGUUUUGACCAUCACCUAUGGAAUAACCACAAUUCUGUCCUUGAGCGUUGAUACCAUCAAUCAAGUGGCGAAUUACUCUUUCAUCGACGCAGAGCAUAGCAUACACCCUGACCAGUGGACUGGACUGCCAAUAUACAAAGCCAAUCCACUGGAAGUAAGCGACUACUUUAUCCCUCGCCUCAACGGCCUUACAUUUGCCUUCAGUCUUCAGUCCCUGAUAGAGCUGUCUCCUUUCUUCCAGAACGUGUUCGCUUGCAAACCUCUGAGGAUGAUUUUCCCACACAUUUUCACUAUCUACCUCUUCCAUGGUCUUAUCUUCUGGUCCUUGGGAGCAAUGAUUUGCGUCUUUCUCUCCAGUCAUGGAUUUGCCUACGGUGUCAAUCUACUCAUCACAGCAGCAUGUUGUUACUCAGCUCUGUUUUUCAGCUUACCAAUUGUUACGCCAAUCGUGGAGUUACUAGGCAAACAUUGGACGGCAAGUAUCUGGGAAAGUGCACACGAGACUCCGCCACCAAAACGAGACACCCUCUUUCCCUUCACCAGAGAACUCCUAAGUGAAGAGAGGUCGGUGGCUCCAGAUUCCAGCAACGAAGGAGAUUCCAAUGAGAAAGCAGACGAGAAGAAACUCAGAAGCGAUCAAUAUUUCAAUGAAAAGCAACCUCUAUCCGACAAAGCACGAGAAGCAGGUCACAAGUCUCACUUCUCCGAGACCAUCGUCGAAAUUCCUAUCGACAGCGAGCACAAUACUGACAAAACCACCCUUGAAGCCUCCGUAUCAGACAAUUCAUCAAGCAAGAAACGAGACAGCGACCGUAGCUCAAAAGGCCUCGAAUACCUCCGCGAACUAGAGAAACGACAAAGCGCAAGAAGCGGCACCUCAUCUUCAGCCUAUUCCCAAGCCCUUUCCUCAAGAGACAGCAAACGAGAGAGUCAACGCAGCGGAUUGAGUGUUCAAACUCAUCUUACCCCAUUCCUCGAGACACCACAACCAACAUUUCAAAUCGCACCUUUGGCUCAAGAUCCCGUUAUCGAAGUCAAGAAUCCAGCGAGAGAAAGCGUACAAAGCUCACUCCAUAUCACGGAACACCUCGCGUACCCGGAACCCGUGCGUCCUCGCGCCAGUACACGGAGCAGUCUCGGGCUUGGAGAACAAGCUGGGCUCUUCGCACAGCAGAAACGACGCCCGAGCUCGACGAGAAGUAGUCAACAGGUGGCAGAAGUGGUCAGUGAGAUGAUUCUGCAUAGUAAGUUGAGCGUUAGUGAGGUUCGGGAGAUGGCGUUGCAGCAAGCGAGGGAGAGUAAGGAGCGGAAGAGAGAGGCGGAGAUGUUGAAUGAGUUAUUGAGAGAAGAAGAAGAGACAGGGGAAGGGAAGGAGAAAGAUGGUAAUGGGUUGAGUGCUGGGUAUGUGCAUGUGUAUGGGCCGGAGAGUGUUGCGGCUAGCAGUAGUGCGAGUUUGGCGGCCAGCGGGUCGAAGUUGAGGAAUAGUAGCAUGAGUGUGACCGCCGUUGGUGGGUCGGGGAAGAGGGAGAGUGCUAGAAGCAGGAGUUUCAUGGUUGAGGUUACUGAUCUGGAGCAUGAGCAUGAGAAUAAGUUUUGAGAUGGGGUUAGCAGGAGAGCAGAG